AUGACGACGACAAAAGGCAGCGAUCUUCUUUCACACGUCAAAAAAUUGGUAGACGAUGCUACCAAUGAUUUUAGUGAAGUAGAAAACAUUAUUGAUACAUUGACUGCUCAACCUUUGAGCGUAACUGCCGCAAAACUUGGACCAGUUGAACGUGCAAGGUUAUAUGCCUUAUAUGCACAUUAUUUCAAUUCACUUUCUUCAUUAUACUUAGAAUUACAUGGAGAAGAGGAUCUGGAGGAACUUAAACUUCAAGUAAACCGUGUACAAGAAUGUUCAGACAAAAUUACAAAUACUGUUAACCCUCCACAACCCAAACUAACAGUUGAUCGUGAAGCUGCUUCACGGUUCAUAAAACACAAUUUACCAAAGGAUCGUUCAAAACAAGGAAGGGGGAGUAAUCGUUUUGAUGAUGAUGCUGAGAGAAAAGAACAAAAUGAAAAAGAAUUAGAUCAAAUAUCACCACAACAUAUUAUAUUUGAUAAAGAUAAUCGUGAUGGUGAAGAAGGUUCAGGAUCAAGAUCACGAAAAAGGAAAAAAAGACAUAAUAGAAAAUAG